AGAAGGCGAGAGCGAGAGAAGGAACGCCAGGCUCACUAUCUGUCUUUGAAUAUAAUAACGGGGUUCCCAACCUUUCUUCCCUUAUUUCCCCUUCUCUUUCCGUUUUAAAUAGUUAUUUCCCCUGUUAUAAAUAUAGUUGUUACUUUUUCUUUAGUGUUUCCUGCGUUUUGAGGCUUCUGAACGAUAGUUGUGAUUUGCAGCGUUUUUGGACAUUGUUUGUGGUGCCCCAAUUGAUUGUCGGACAGCCGAGAAUGCUUGGAUGAGCUGCUUCGCUAAAAGCCGGAGAUGGAGUUGCUGUUGAUCUGCCUUUCCCUAUGGAUAUUGCAAUGCAAUUCUGCCGGAGCGGACUCCAUCAUUCAUAUUGGUGCCAUAUUUGAGGAAAACGCUGUCAGGGAUGACGAAAUUUUUCAACUUGCCAUUUCUGACCUAAGCCUCAACGACGACAUUCUACAAAGCGAGAAAAUCACCCACUCUGUAAAACGUAUCGAGGCUAACAACCCAUUUCAAGCAGUGCAGGAAGCCUGUGAGCUGAUGAACCAGGGCAUCCUGGCUCUGGUGACGUCUACAGGCUGUGCAGCCGCCAACGCCCUCCAGUCCUUGACCGACGCCAUGCACAUACCCCACCUGUUUAUCCAGAGGAACGGCGAGGGCACGCCACGCACCUCCUGCCACCUCAACCCCAGCCCUGAUGGGGAGAGCUACACCCUGGCCGCUCGUCCUCCUGCUCGCCUCAAUGACGUCAUGCUGACCCUGGUCACUGAGCUGCGCUGGCAGAAGUUCAUCAUCUUCUAUGAUGCUGACUAUGACAUCCGCGGGUUGCAAACCUUCCUGGACCAGGCGUCUCGGCAGGGUCUGGACGUGUCUCUGCAGAGGGUGGACCGCAAUGUGAGCAGGGUGUUCACCAACCUGUUCAGCACCAUGCGGACCGAGGAGCUCAAUCGCUACCGGGACACUCUGCGGCGGGCCGUGCUGCUCAUGAGCCCCCGAGGAGCACAGGUGUUCAUCCACCAGGCUGUGGAAACCAACCUGGCAUCCAAGGACAGCCAUUGGGUUUAUGCCAAUGAGGAGGUGAGUGACACAGAAAUCAUGGAGCUGGUCCACAGUUCGUUGGGCCGGAUGACCGUCAUACGGCAGAUCUUCCCUCUGUGGAGAGACACCAACAUCCGCUGCAUGAGGAACAACCACCGCAUCUCCUCUCUGCUCUGUGACCCCCAGGAGGGCUACCUGCAGUCCCUGGAGGUCUCCAACUUGUACCUGUAUGACAGUGUGCUGAUGCUGGCCAACGCCUUCUACAGUAAGCUGGAGGACAGAAAGUGGCAUAGCAUGGCUAGUCUGAACUGCAUGAGGAAGUCCACCAAGCCCUGGAAUGGAGGCUGGUCUAUGCUGGACACCAUCCAGAAGAGACGGAUCACCGGGUUAACAGGAAUGAUGGACUUCCGUGCCGAAGGUUCUAACUCCCACAUCCAGUUUGAGAUCCUGGGGACCAGCUACAGUGAGACGUUUGGGAAAGAUGUCAAGCGGUUGGCGACUUGGGACUCAACUCGUGGGCUGAACGGUAGUCUAAAGGAGAGUCGGAUAGAGAACGGCAUGCAAGGAGUGACGGUCAAGGUGGUAACAUUACUAGAGGAACCCUUUGUGAUGGUAGCUGAGAACAUUCUUGGGCAACCUAAACGCUACAAAGGCUUCUCCAUUGAUGUUCUGGAUGCUCUGGGCAAGAUCCUGGGCUUCAAGUAUGAGAUUUACCAGGUGGCCGAUGGAAAGUAUGGAACCCCUACCUUUAACGGCUCCUGGAACGGCAUGAUAGGAGAGCUCAUCAGUAAGCGAGCAGACUUGGCAGUAUCAGCCAUCACUAUAACUCCAGAGAGGGAGAGUGUGGUGGAUUUCAGCAAGCGCUACUUGGACUACUCUGUGGGGAUUCUGAUGAGGAAGUCUGAGGAGAAGAUCAAUAUCUUCUCUCUGCUGGCGCCCUUUGACCUGGCCGUUUGGGCGUGCAUCGCAGCCGCCAUCCCCGUGGUUGGUGUCAUGAUCUUCAUCCUGAGGCGGGUCCAGUCGGUCCGUCCUGCAGGGGGACACCAGGCCACCUCUGUGUCCACCUCCCUCCAGAGCGCCAUCUGGAUUGUCUAUGGAGCUUUUGUGCAGCAAGGGGGAGACUCCAUCCUGGGUUCUGUGGCUCUACGUAUCGUCAUGGGCAGCUGGUGGCUUUUCACCCUCAUUGUGUGUUCCUCCUACACGGCCAACCUGGCAGCCUACCUCACGGUAUCCCGCAUGGACAACGCUGUGCGAACAUUCCAGGACUUGUCCAAACAGAUGGACCUAGCCUACGGAACAGUGAGAGACUCAGCCGUGUAUGAGUACUUCAGAGCCAAAGGCACCAACGCUCUGGAACAGGACAGCACCUUCGCUGAGCUCUGGAGAACCAUCAACAAGAAUAACGGACACGAACACUCAGUCUCCAGCCCAUCUGAAGGCAUCCGUAAGGCCAAGAGAGAUUCCUUUGCCUUCCUGUGGGACAUGGCUGUGGUGGAGUAUGCUGCUCUGACAGAUGAUGACUGCACCCUGACAGUGACAGGCAACAGUAUGAGUAGUAAGGGCUAUGGCCUGGCCCUGCAACAUGGCAGCCCCUACAGAGACCUCUUCUCCCAGAAGAUCCUGGAUCUGCAGGAGAAAGGGGACCUGGACAUCCUGAAGCAGAAGUGGUGGCCCAGGAAGGGUCGCUGUGAUCUGGACAGCCACUUGGAGGCCCAGCCAGAGGGCAGGUCCCUGAGGCUCCAAAGCUUUGCUGGGGUCUUCUGCAUCCUGGCAGCAGGGCUGCUGCUGGCCUGCCUGGUGGCCGCCCUGGAGACCUGGUGGAGCAGCAACCGCUGCCGGCGUGAGCAGCCCAAAGAGGUGACCGAGAAUGCAGCCCCGAUCCAGGGCCUGGUCCCACCGCGGCCCCUCCCUAGGCCCCGGCCGAGACCCAGACCCCCGGGCCCCCCGGUCCUGCCCAGAGAUGCCACUGCCACACUCUACUUUAUGGAUCCUGGCGCAGACGCCAGCCCUGAUUUAGUAGAGCUGCAGUACACCCAGUUAUAGGACAAAGAGGUGAAUCUAGAGCAGGUCCACAAGCGUUUGAACAGCCUCCUUGACGAGGACAUGGUGCACAAGCAGCUGCCGGGCCAAUCUAUCGAGAUCUCUGCCCUGGACAUCAGCAGCAUGCAGCCCAGCCAGUCCCUGGAAGGCCUGCCUUCACGGGACCACUACCUGGGCCAUCACAGGGAGUCGGUCUCUGUGACCACUUUCCUCCAGGAGGGACAAGGAGCAGGAAGGACACUUGGCAGGGGCACUGGCAGAACCCUCCCCCUACCCCUCAGCAGCGCCACCAUGCCCGCUAUCCGCUGCAAACACAGGGCGCCCAACGGGGGGCUCUGCCAACAGAGCCCUGUCAAGACACCAAUGCCAAAGUCAUACCAAUCAGGGCCUGGAAGAACCAUUCCAGAAGCCACUGAUGUAAGCCAUGGGACUUCAAUCUGACUACUCAGCCUCAGCGCAAUCACAGACACUCAAACUCCGUUUAUACUAGGUUCUAACAUGCAUCUUUUUUCCUCCACAUUCUGAUUGUGCUCACAUUUUUUGACAGGUGUAGAUAAUGGAAAGAUGUUUUGUGAUCUGAUUGUGAUGGCUAUCUUACAAGUGUAGACGGAUCUGGACAGUGAAACCAUUUAAGUCAUCAUUACACAACCCUCUGAAAUCAUUGACUUUUGGCAUCAAUACUGUAUGUGUAUUAAAAAAUAUAUAUUAUUUGGAAAUAUGCUUUUGUUAAAUAUUUUGCAUACAGGGAGGGACCAGGAAAUCUGGUCAACAAUGCGUGGACCCAUGUCUGAAAAUGUGGGCCCAAUCAGAAUGUGGACAAGAUCAGGAUUCAUGCUGACUGUGGUGAGCUAUAGGCUAAAGGAUCAAUCGUCACAGGUGACAGAAAAUAUAAAUGUCUGGCAUUUUAUUUUAUUUUUCACUGAAGAAAUAUGGAGGAAAACAGAAUUAGGAAAAUGACUUUCAUGUACAUAUUUGUAAGUAAGGACAAAAAGAGGUGAGGGGAAAAAAACUGUAUUUUGAAUAUUCUCAAUUUUUUAAGUUGGGUUUAAAAAACAGAUACAAAAUUAUACAAAAAAUUACUGUUUGAAUGGCUUUGUAAAAUUUGUUCUAAAUUAAGGUGAUAAUUCCUUCUGGUUGUUUUCUAAGUGCCAAGUUCAAAUAUGUUUUCUUUCAAAUUAACAUUAUAUGAAUGUAUGAAAUUUAUGAAAAGACACUUCAAAGACAGUGGAAAGAGUUGAUUUGUUUCAUAUGAAAACAAUAAAGAAUUAUAAAAAUA